AUGGCCAUCCAACACCGCACGCAGCCAAGCAUCUUCUUGACCCUGAAGGUGCUGCAAUUCGUCAAUCAGCUUCGUCGCCGCCUCAAGCCUCGCCUUCAGGGCUCGAACUAUCCAUCCCUUCUUGGCACAGAGCUAUGCCUCGGCCUGGAAACGAAGGCCAUCAGGAGCAUUGCAAAGGGGCUGUCACGAGUUGGGCUUCAGGACAGGAAACUCAAUAGUCAUGCCUCAGAUCGCGUUUGCAAGAGGCGGGCCCUGAAGAGCAGGCCGAGCUUGAAACUGCAGACCCCGGGGCAGGAUAGUCCCACGAUUCAAAACGUAUCUGGCGGAGAGGUGCAACACAUGCUUAAUUCCGUCGACGAGAAGCUCAGCCCAUCCGGAAGCGCAUUGUCCGCUAUCGCGAGCGACGAUAUGCUCUUCCUCAAACAAAACACAGCCAUGAGCUUCGAUGCAUGUUCCCUGAUCGAAAUCAUCCAACUAUUAGUCGGAGUGCAUGAUAGUAUCAAUGUAUUCUACGCCGCCAGGGAAACGUACGACGAUGCAUGGCUGGUUAUUCAAGGUCAAGAAGUUGGACUGAACAUCGACGAGGCCUUUAUAGCCAACUACGAGCAUCUGCUCAUGCGGCUUCGCGCAGAGCUGAUCGACGCGUUGGCACGUAAGGUCUUUGAGGCUUUGCUCCUUGGCGGGCACGACAAGAAGCAGCGUAGACUACUCGACUGGUUCAGGGAGUUCUCCGGCGAGCCGCGACCCGUCUGUACGUCGUUUCCUUGGACGAUCAAGCCCUCGCUCGCUGUCUUGUGGGGUGUCUGUUGGAUGUACUAUGACAACAACCCUGAUGCUCGCCGUGCGAUUCCAAGGGCAAACCCUCGCGUGCCGCAGGCUGCGGUCUUGCAGAACGUCCAGCUUCCGAAUUGGAACACCCCAGGAUCGACCGACUACCUCAACUUCGGCUGCCAGCUCGCCGGUAUCCAACCGCAACCUGAAGCGCAGCAGCAGCUCUCCCCAGGCGGCGCGAGUAUGGGCCUCAGUGGUGGACUAAGGUUGCGAAACACGGAAACCUGGCACCCGACCAAUUUGGAAUUUAGUGCCCGCCAAGGCCUGUCACGUGCCUCGGCUCCGAUCACAAAUCGACUAGGAUCUGCUAACGGCCGGCCAGGCCUGAAUACAUAUAACCCCCAGUUGUUCCCAGGGCUGCAGCCAGAUAACCGCAUCCUUAAUUCGCUGCCUCAGAACCCAACCGACGCCACAGCUUUAACCGUCUUUCCCCAGCACUUUGAUCUCAAUCAGUCUUGGCAGCAUCUUCCGUCGUCUUUGCCACAGAGGCCGCGCAGUCAUCUGACGACAAAUAUUCCCCACGUAACAGUCACCGGGAGCGCGGAUAGCCCAGGCUUCGCUGCGCCACAACCCGAUUUCGCGUACAGCAAUAUAUAUCCGCAGCCCACCCAAGAGCCUCAGGCUUCUUCCCUCAACCUCUACACGGAUCUUUCUGACUUUGCAACGUCGCCAUACACCAUGGGAAACUGCCCGCCGCCAGAGACUUCGUCUAUAAACGCUCCCCAGGGCAUGCGACACACUCACGAGCGCACUUCGUCCGUCAACUCCAACGCGAAUAUUCCUACUCCAGUGAGCAUGUCGGGGCCGCAGUCGCCUCUGCUAUCUCCCGCUGUCGAUCGCAGACCUUCCAUCGUCAGCUCGCACGGACACUCACGGCAUCCAUCAGAGGAUCGUUCUUCGCAAGAUGGCGACGAUCCAGAUUCUCCUCGAAAGAACCACGCCUUCAAGCGUGCCGAGGAGCCACCCAGAAACUCUGAAAAUAAGAUGAUCUGCAAGUACAAGGAGUGCGCCAGCCUAACGUUCGAUCGCAAGUGCGAGUGGAGCAAACACAUGGACAAGCACGACCGGCCGUAUAAGUGCAACGUCAGAGGCUGCGAGAAGCUGCAAGGUUUCACGUACAGCGGCGGCCUCCUGCGUCACGAGCGCGAGGUACACAAGAUGCACGGUGGCACCAAGAAGUCGCUCUUCUGCCCCUUCUCCGAUUGCAAGCGUAGCUCAGGCGCCGGCUUCACUCGGAAAGAGAACCUUGCCGAGCACAUCCGUCGCGUGCACCGGAGGACAAGUCUGUCAAUGGAUAUGGGUAACUUUAUCAUUCCGCGACCGGACUCCCGGGACAGCCUUCCUGAACGUCGCCUCGACUCCGAGUCUCCCUACCAGCGCCUCGUCGAUACCGUUCCGGAAGAAGACUCGCUGAAGCGUAAGCGCGGUUCCGACGCGGGCAUGUCUGAAGAGGGCGGCAAGACUGAUCUUCGCGCUGAGAUCAAGCGGCUACGCCGCGAGAACGAGGAGAAGGAUACGCGGCUACGGCAGCUCGAGCAAGCAGUCAUGGCUCUCCAGGACGCCCGCCGAUAA